AUGCAUGUGCUUGCUUAUUGUCCUAUUGCAGCUCAAUGUUGGGAGAGGGUAGCUAUUACCACGCCUACACAGCAAGAAAACUGCUUCUUGGACUGGUGUGUCUCGGUCUUCAAUAAUGCCAACACAGAAACUUGUCGAAUGUUUUGUAUCUUAUGUUGGGCAAUUUGGGGAGCAAGAAACGACAAAGUAUGGAAGAACAAAGACUCUACUGCCUCUUUUAUUUAUGCUUUCGCUGCUACGUACCUUGAGCAAUGGAAUUCGACACAAGCUCCUUAUUUGGAGACAUCACGGACUGGACUACUGGCCGGGGAUGGGAAUGACCGAUGGUGCGCUCCAGCUGCUAAUGUAAUCAAGGUUAAUGUGGAUGCAUCAAUAUUUGAGGGUAGACAAGACUAUGGCUAUGGAAUGGUGGCUAGAGAUGAACAUGGUUUUAUGUUGGAGGCUACUUCUCGGCUUUGUCAUGGGAGUGUACGUCCGGAGUUAGCUGAGGUGACUCUAGAGACUGAUUGUUUGGUGGUGGUACAAGCAAUUUGUAAUCCAACUCUUAUGACUUCUCUGUUUGGUGAUGUAAUAAAAGAGUGUCAAAAUCUGCUUGUGAACUUAUGUGGUGUUACUAUUUCUUUUGUAAAACGGUCAGCAAAUUUAGUAGCUCAUGAAAUUGCUAGAGCUGUUAUUUCUUACUCUGAUCGUAUUUUCAGUAUGGGGAAUGUCUCAACUGAUUUGCUUCCGUUUUUGGUUGCUGAAUUUGAAGUUUAA